CAACAAUUAUCACUGUUAUUACACGCGACAGAGAGCUACAAAAAGCUACAGAAGACACACAACACAAGCGCGUCAACAUUCCACACUUACACCAUAUAACCACCACCACCGCACCGCACCGAGAUAUCUGGCACAGAUCCACCCCGCGAACAUCAGCAACAACGCGAAAUGGCCGGUUUGGUUUGAUUCUUCUUGCAGAUAGAAGCAGAAAACAACAGAAAAUCCGUUAAAAAGAUAAAGCAGAGGAGAACUAAACAGAUUGCUUGCAUAUUUGAGUCUCUGCGGUCCCUUCGCUGCUGUUUUAUCUACAAGGAACAAUGUUGAGACAGCCUGGUUCUGCGGUGAUGGGCAGCCAGGAUCCGUCGUCGCCAAACAGAAAGGAAUCUCUUCCCCCGUCAAUCAACCCGGGCAAACAGUCGCAGACCCUCUGCAGAAACAUCUUGAUUCAUGGCUACUGCAAGUACGAAAACAGUGGAUGUAUAUUCAGACACGAUAAUACGAAAACGAACGCGUCUGCUGCAAAACCAGAGACACCAAAGAAACGUUUGAAUGUGGAAUCCCCCGCUUUCAAACCUGGUUCGGCAGCGCUGUCAUCCUCGGCCGCGAACGCGUCGACGACGACUUCUCCCUCCAAGACGCCGAUUCUUCUGAGCCAGGCAGCUGAUUCGGCCGUGUUUGUGCCUCGCAGCAGUACCGCAACCUCAUCUGCGAUGCCGCAAGAAGGGAUCAAGGAGUUUGAGCCGUCGCCUGAUCGGUCGAUGUAUGUCAAUCCGGCGGUCGAUCUCUAUAAUCAAAAGUCGAUGGUGAAUCCGAGUAGCCAGCCGUUUGUGCCUUCGUAUAGUCAGAUGCCGUCGAUUAAUUCACAGAUCGCUGCGGAGUCUCAAAUGCCACAGCCGGUUUCAAAUCAGAGAUACGACUACAAUUCGAUGGUGCCGUACGGAACCGCCCCUCCGGAUCUGUACUAUCAGCAAGCUCAAGCGGCCCACUACCAGCCGUUGCAAUAUCAUUUGUAUGCACCGCUUCCUCCGCACAAAAUCAAUCUGCUGCCAUACCAGCGCACGAUCCAGGGAUUCUUUCUGUCUGAUAAUCUGCGCGAGGAACUCCAGAGAAAGGGCGAGGCUUCGCUUCAGAUAUUGCCUAGCACAGGACUUCCUGAAUCUCUGGAUGUGUAUUGCCAGCUAGUUCCUCUUGAUACGAACGCGGAUCGAAGUGCGCGAGUGCUGGGGUAUCCGAGCUGGGUGUACAAAGCGUUUUCAAAGUCGGAUGGAAACACAUAUGCGCUACGCCGACUUGAAGGGUUCAAGCUGACUGAUGAAAAGUCGAUUGCGACGGUCCAGCAAUGGCGGCGGUUGUCGAAUGCGAGCAUGGUGACGCUGUUUGAAGCGUUUACAACCCGAGCGUUCGGGGACAGUUCGAUUAUAUUUGUGUAUGACUAUCAUCCUCUCUCGAGCACGUUGUUCGACACGCAUUUUGGGGCGAGUGCGCGGUAUCCGGUUGUGAGGAACGCGAACGGACAGAUAGGACCGUCAGUUCCGGAGCAGGUGCUGUGGAGUUAUCUUGUGCAGCUUUCGUCUGCUAUGAAGACGAUACACGGGGCGAAUCUUGCGGCGCGGGUGAUGGAUCCGACGAAGAUUAUACUGACGUCAAAGAUGCGGGUGAGGUUGAGCGCGGUGGGGAUCAUGGAUGUGAUUGGCGGGAGUAAAGAGCCAGUGGCGAAGUUGCAGGCCGAGGAUUUGUAUAAUCUCGGGCGGCUGAUAUUGAGUAUUGCGUGCAACAACCAGUCGCUGAUAAUGGGAGGCGCGGCGGUGUCGUUGCCGGUGCUGUCAAAGUCGUUGGAGUUUGCGGGCAAGUUUUACUCUGUGGGAUUGAAGAACGCGCUUGCGUACUUGCUUGGGAGUGGCGGGCGAGGAGGAGAGGACGAGAUGAUGAGUUCGGGGAAUGUGGACGAGUUUAUACAGUUGAUUUCUGGGUUUUACCAGCAGAAUCUAAACAGCUCGCUGCAUUACCAGGACAGUCUUGAGAGUGAGCUUGCGCGGGAGGUUGAGAACGGGCGGUUGGUGAGGUUGCUGUGCAAGUUCAACUUUAUAAACGAGCGGCCAGAGUACGACCAUGAUCCGGCGUGGUCGGAGACGGGAGAUCGGUAUCUGUUGAAGCUGUUUAGGGACUACGUGUUCCAUCAGACGGACGAGAGCGGGCAUCCGGUGCUGGACAUGGGCCAUGUGCUGAGAUGUCUGAAUAAGCUUGAUGCGGGGGUGGAGGAGAAGGUGAUGCUUGUGUCUAGGGACGAGCAGAGUUGUUUGAUUGUGUCGUAUAAGGAGCUGAAGAAUUGUGUGGAUGUUGUGUUUAGAGACUUGAGCCGGCCGAAUGGCUGAGAUGAUGUGGGAAGACAGUGAGAGU